ACCACCGAGCACACUCUCGGACUUCCUCAAUUUCCUUCCACGGUCAUUCAUUUCCUUUGAUCUCAAACUUUUAGCCUCUCAAAACCAAAUCACCCCUCCCACCACCACCACCACCACCAGAACAUAGCAGUACUAGUUUCUCCCACCAAACCCGUCCGUCCAUUACCUAGCUUGAAGCACUCAUAGGUAGAUGUUGAAUCUGGGAAAGGAUAACCAGCUACUCUUUUACACAAUCAGUUGAUGCAAUCUCAUGGAUAAUAAACCAAUGUGAAAAGACGACACGUUAAUUUACAGCACAAUUUGUGUACAAGUUGGUUUUUGAGGGCAAGGUCUGACAUUGAUGGUUUGUGAGAGAGUAGAUUACUACACUGGCCAAAGAAAGAAAGAAGGAGAAACUGACCAGAUUUGUUUGGCCUUCUUGUUUCGCACGCCGGAGGUUUUUAAAAAGCGACCAUGGCAGACCACCAUUUUGAUAGUUGCUGGGGUCUCUAUCAACCAUACGAUGGUCAUGAGCUGCCCAAUAUAGAGAUCCCCGAGACUACCUAGAAAUGAACCAGUCACCCAAGUGGGAAAAUUGGCAAAUUUGCAGUAUCUAAGCCCCCUAUAUGCCAUCUUUAGCGGAAAUCCUCAAACUUAUUGACCAGCAAAACACUCAACUUGAUCAGGCUUUGAUGAAUACAUUACAUUUUGAUACGUAUGGUCUGAGGUGGUACUCUUUUAUUCUAAGCGACACAAGCAAAUUAUGCUGGAUAAUUUGAUUGUUAAUCAAAGUGAAGUCCCCAAAGAAACAGACAGACUUUUAAACGAAGUACUUCACAUGAGAAAGAUGAAUAAAAGUGAAAAGUGUAUUGUCGGUGAGAUUGAAGUGCUUGAAACCCCAUAUGAAUUUUAUUUUGAAAGUAGUGUUUCUAGUCCAACUGUAGCAAAUGUUGAUGAAAAUUCACUUAUCUUCGAAGAACAUGUAGGGUCGGGGAGAGUAAUGUUUUUGAUGAGGUACUCUAUGGAUAUCGGGGGCCCACUGUACGUGUACUUGUUGCUUGCAUUCUUACUCAUCUAUCUUCCAACAAGAUCAGUUGGCAAGUGUAACAACCUACAACACGCCAGCUCAUUGCCGUGCUCGGAGAAAUAUCUUUCGGAAUCUUACUUUAAUAAACACGACAUCUUAGUUGAUUCUAACUUCCAAAGUUUCUUGAAGCAUGGCUUUCCCCUUCGCCCCUGUAAAUCGCUCGAAAAUCUAAAUACAGUGAUUAAAGUACCAGUUUUGCACAGGGAUCUGAUUGGUGAAGGCUCUCAUCGUCGCCUGUUUUCUUCCUUAAGGGUCAGUAUCCAGCCUCAUACAACCAUAUCAGAGCUACCAGAGCACUUCUGUGAAGCCGUAGUUAUUGAAAGACUACCAUCUGGAGUCUUUGCAGACCCAUUUGAGUUACAACAUCUCGUCCAAAGUGGUGUCCUUGCAGAUGCUGCUGUUUUUGGUGAUACAAAUUUGGAAUUACCUUCGGCUCUUUCCAACAGAUCAGUUGUUGAAGUUCACAUGGAUAUAGGCCACAACAUUCUAUCGAAGCACACCGAUGAAUUGCAAAUCAAUCUAGAGCUUCCAUUGCAUGCACGAUAUCCGCCUCUUGAUGGAAGUGGUUACUCAAACGUGGAAAUGAGUAUUCCAGAUUUGUUUAUUCGUUGCUCCACUGAACGUAAUGCGGUAUGCGAAAGAUGUUUUUGGGCGAAAAGAGCUGAACACUUCCAAUCCCUAGCUGAUGCUCUUCAUUGGAGAAUCCCAUCUGGAAAGAAGGCACACUCUCAAGUAGUAUCUUAUGUUACUUUUACCGCAGCCUUCUUAUCCACGAUGUUAAUUGUUCUUGCUGCUGUUUGCUAUUCACCAAAUACCAGUAGCUCUAAAAAGUUGAAAAAACUACGAAAAAGUUGAAUUCAGUUUUACUUUGCCUGUUCUCAUUUGGUUAAUUGAGCAAUCAUUUUUAUUGUUUUUUGUUCCAUGUUCUUGUAAAAUUGAAGAAUAAUUUUUAUUUUCAUCCA